GACAGCUUCUUUCACAUGUCUUUUUCUCCAUCAAAGAAGAUGGCUUUUCUCUCCUGGAUGGCUGUAACGCUGGCUUUGUUGCUGCCUGUUGAAAACAGUUUGGCUGCAGUGGAUCAAAACAAACUUGCAAACAUUGUAGAGAAGAUCAUAGAAAGGUAUCAACCAAGCUACAUGGGUCAAAAUGGUAAAAUGAGAUAUCCCAUGUUCAGUGUGGCUGUAAGCAUCCCAUACAACCAAGAAAUAGAAGACUACGAUAUCAGUAAAGUGAUGGACUCUGGUAAUGAUGUGCAGGAAACAAUUCUCAAUUGUAAAGUCUACAUCAGCUCGAGGGUGGUCGCAGCCACAGUUCUGAGAUGGCCCAACGUUGUGGAUCAGUGUCCUAAUGAACCUGUGCAGUGGCCUGAUGUUCUGAAAAAAUGUGGUAGGAGAAGGAAUCUGACUUGGUUAGAAGUAAAGAACACGUGCAAAGAUGAAGUUCAAGAUGGUAGAGCUGAUCAUGCGGAGUACCGAAUUCUUCAGAACUUCAUUGCCUUCAAAAGUCAGAACAAAGAUGAUUUGUUAGUUUUCUAUGUUCUUGCUUCACCAUGUGAUAAACGAUGCACAAGCGAAUCGAAUCCUUGGAGCAUUCUCCAAAGUAUUAAGGUGAUUCAGAACUGGAGUAACUAUGCUGUUGUGUUUUCAAAUGUGUUCAAACCUCGUAAUGGGCACGAUACAUCUGAGGUGGACCGUAGAGAAGCCCUUGAGCGGCUUGGUAGGUCAAUUGGUCUGAACAACAUCUUUCGCUGUACAGGACAAGGUAGAAUGCAGUGUACGAGCUGCUCUGGUGGUAAUACAGUGGCACGCUAUUGUUUUUCAUACGAAUUGUUGUUCACUUCAGCACAGCAGCUUGGACUUCCUCAAACAAAGUUUAAACUGUGUUCACGGUAGUUUUGGAAGAGUUCAGGGAAGCAGAGGAGGUGGCAAGGUCAGAAGAAGGCAUGGAUGGGGGAAAAUGUAAAAUAGUUGACAAAGAUGAUCGUGUAACCUUCUCACAAAGUGGCAAUGAGGUCAGUAAUACAGAUGAUGAGGAUAAUAAAGGAGAAGGCCAGGGGGGCAGUUACAGCAGAGCAGACUUGGUUUAUCCUUGCACAUCCCAAGAAACUUUUAAUUUCAUCUUUUUGAAUUCAUUUUGAUCUUAUUUUGAUCUGGCAGUGUGCAUCAUCUUUGAAUGCAGGCUCAUGUUUCACAGGCAUAACCAAGACCUAAAUAAUGAUUUGCUACAUGCUUCAUUUAUUUUUGACAAUACGCAGAUAAAUAUGAUGUUAACAGCCAAGGCAAAGAACUGAAUAAAGUUUUUUCAGAGUUUGCAAUUUUGACUGUAUGCAUUCACAUUUAAUGGCUUUUUAAACAGUGUACUAUAUGUGAGGGUUUAAUUAUUAUCAAAUAAUUUUAUCCAAUUAUUUUAUGAUUUUAAUCAGUACUUUUUUUCUAUGAUCUGCCUUUUUUUUAUUUAAUUGUUUCUUUUUACAUGUGUUAUAGAGGAGUAUGAAUGUAUUUACAUAAUAACUUUUGUGUAAUCCUUAUUUUAGGAGUUAUGGGCUAGUGCGAACAAGGCUGUAGAUUAAGAUUUCUGGACUCAAAUUGAUCAAAAUAAAGAUUAACAUGGAUGUUUGAGGCACUUUAAACUCUGAAUUUGCUGUACAAGGGUAAUUGUAACAGAACUCCUUUAGAGCAUCACCGGAUGCUUCUACUAGUGUUUAAAACUUGGCUUUGCAUUUGAUUCUGAUCCGUCAGUGUGUUGGUCUUCUGGGAGCUCCUUCAUAUAGCCAAAGACUCCACAGUCUUCACAUGGACAAACAAUCUACUUAUAAUUUCACCUGUUUCAUUGUAAUCACUUUGCUGCUUCGGCACAUAACUUUAACCCAAAAUAAAAAACAUUGAAGACUA